GUUCCCCCUUCACCUCCUUCCAUCUUCAGCAAGGGAGGGAGAAGAGGAGGCAGGAGAAGCUAGCAGCCGAUUCUUAUCGCUUGCGUGUUCGGAAAUGGACGGAUACGAGUUUGAGAGGGCGGAGCUAGCUGCACUGGAGCGCGUCGUAGGCGAUCCGACCGCAAAGGCGAUGAGCCUGACGUUUUCCCUUCUCAGGCGCAUAACAAAUGGUUUCUCCGAUGAUUUUCUAAUUGGGCGCGGUGCUUUUUCAGUGGUUUACAUGGGGGUGCUUCCAAGUGGGUUACAAAUUGCUGUCAAGAAGCUUUACCCUCUGCUUGGAUCGAAUGAAAUUGCGUUUGAAAAUGAAGUUUUGACCACAAUGAGGGUUGCUCACAAGAACGUAGUGCGACUCGUAGGCUACUGUAGUCACACGCAAUCUGAAAUCUUCGAAUACGAAGGAAAAUCUGUUUUCGCAGAGGCCAGACAAAGGUUGAUCUGUACGGAGUAUGUGCCUCAUGGAACCCUUGACAGGCAUAUCAUUGAUGAGUUUCCUGGAGUACUUGACUGGAACCAUCGUUAUAAAGUUCUCAAAGGAAUUUGUCAUGGUUUGCGUUAUCUACAUGACGAAGUGCGCAUUGUUCACAAGGAUAUCAAAGAAUCAAAUAUACUGCUAGGGGAUAGCCUCGUGCCUAAAAUAUUCGACUUUGGUUUUUCCACGAGCCUUUGUGAUGGAGAAUCUUGGAGUUUUGACAACCAUAUCAUGGGAACCAUAGGCUAUAUGGCGCCGGAGUUGAUUAUUGACAGAACAUAUUCCUUUAAGUCCGACAUAUUCAGCUUUGGCGUUGUGAUGAUGAAAUUGUUGAUUGGAUCGACUUGGGACAGGGAGAACCACAAUGUUGAGCUAAUACUUCAAAAGUUGAGAAAAAGGUUGGUGAAAGGAGCGUUUGCAUCAUGGGAAAAUAAUUACCACCAAGUUAGAACAUGCCUGCAAAUUGUGUAUAGCUGCAUGGACAUGGACCCAAAUAAUAGGCCUACUGCAUUGGAAAUUAUCCAGCGGCUAGAUGAAACCGAAAGUACGGACUAUUCAGUUAGCAGUGGCCAUGCACCACCACUUUGGCAGCCAGGAGAUGAAGAAUCCGAUUCAUCAUAUAUGGAUUCUUCUGAGCCAGAGAUAACACCAUCAGACGAUACUCUUCCAAGUGACGAUGAACCUGCCUCAGCAGACACGACUGCAGAAACGAGCACACAAGAAGCCGACAUUCCUGACCUACUAAGUAAACUGUCUUUGUCAGUGGAACUGUCCUCGCUAGAUUUCCUGGAGAAAAUCACAGAUGGUUUUUCGCACGAACGAAUAGUUGGGAAGGACGGCCCUCACGCAGUUUAUCAUAAAGCAUUUGUUUAUGAGGGCAGCAUUUCAGGUCGAACAAUGGUAGCUGUGAAGAGGUUAAUUGGAGUAGCAAUUCCAGUUAAAAAGUUUGAGAUGGAUGCUAAACAGUUGAUGAGUCUAGAUCACAAGAAUAUAGUAAAGCUCCUUGGCUACUGCCACGAUGAAUCUAGAGGACAUAGGCUGGUACAGUUUAAAAGAAAACCAUCACAAGACUUUAAAGGAGCCGAACAACUACUCUGCUAUGAAUAUAUGCACAAUGGGAGCCUCCGUGGGUAUCUUAUUGGACAAGGAUCUCAUGAAGUUGAUUGGCAUAUGUGCUACAAAUUGAUCAAAGGGACAUGUGAAGGUUUACUUUACCUCCACGAGGGUUGUGGAGAUCGUCCAAUUGUUCAUUUGAAUCUAAACCCUUCAAAUAUACUGCUGGAUGAAAACAACACACCACGCAUCACGGGAUUUGAUUUUUCAAAGCUCAUUGGGGAAAAGAACACAAAGUCCGUGUUUUCUAAGAUGAAUGGACCAUUAGGUUACCUGUCACCGGACUUCUUGUACUCAAAGGGCACUGACCUCAAAUAUCUAGCUACGGUGGACAUAUACAGCUUGGGUCUUAUAAUUUUAGAGAUUGCAACACGUCAAGAGAUCAAGGGAGACCAUGGAAUAAUUAUUAAGACCGUCAAGAACAAUUGGAGGCAAGAUUCACAAAUAGCAACACUGUAUGGCUCACUAGAAGAUAAAUUACGGGAGCAAGUAAAAAUGUGCAUUGAUAUUGGCCUACAUUGUGUGAAGUCAAACCCUGGAGACAGACCAACUGCUGGGGAGAUCAUGCUCUGGCUUGACAAAGGGAGCAAACCAGGAGUUGCCAGACCUCCACUCGGUGCUACUGCUAAUGUCACCCAUGCAGAUGACCCCAUCCAAGAAAAGGAGAAACAGACGUCAUUGAGGAGUUUUUUCAGAAGGAAGUAAUGUUCAAGUUACAAAAGACAUACAUGAGUAGAUGGAAUCUCUCUUAUCAUUUGCAAGAUAGCUGCAAUGGCGAAAGCUUCUUCCAGAUGAUCACUUGCAGCUGGCGUCAGUGGUGCCACCAGGCUGUUGGAACAUCGGGGUACUCUGUUUUCUGCUCUUCCGCAGUCGGUGCUCUGUUUUGCCUUGCUGUUUUAGAGUUGUAUAACUUCCAAGGGGAAGAUUUUUGUGUCUAGUAUAGUUUUUGCAAUGUAUAUGGUUUACGCGGGGCUGGAGAAACAUUCAUCUGUCCACUGAACUGGUGCAUCCUUAUGAUUAAUCAAGGACCCAAAGUAACCACCUGAGGCGAGGUGGCUUGUAUUCCGGUGAAUAUUAUAGAUGGUUCAACAAAGUUCAUGGUUUCGAUUUUUUA